AUGGCGAUAGGUCAGCUACUGCGCGGCCUUCUCCUCCUCACCUUCCUCGUGCGCUCAUCGUGUAGCACUGCGGAUUCGAUCGCAGGACUCGCUGCCGGGUUGGGGUCUCAGCUGCUUCAGGCAGCGCUCAAGAACGCAACAGCGGGGGCCGAGGAGACGAACGGGACGGUCAGCAAGGAUCUCGUCAGGAGCAUAGCGAGGGAUAGCUCGCAGCUCCUCGCAUCAACAGCGUCCUUGGCGAUCAAGCUGCGGGACGAGGCCUCGAACGCCCUGAGGCGGAACAUCCCCCCCAACCUCGCGAGCAUCCAAGAUGACGCUCAGUUGCUGCAAGCGGCUGGGGCAGAUGCGGAUGCUCUGCAUGCGUCAGGUGCGCUCACAGAAGCUGACGUGCCCUCGGACGUGAGCGCCAAGAAGACCGUCCAGGACCCUCGCUUCCAUGCCCCCGUCACCCUCGACAGCAGCGUCGUCAAGAUCCCGCAGUACUGCAUGCGCAUCGGGAGCCCAGCGUUCGGGUCGACGUACUCCAACAAUCGGGCAGGAGACUUGCGGGAGGCCAUUCUUGGAGGACUUGCUCCUCUCACAGGAGGCAAGUACGAGUGUCUUGGGACCGACGGGAACCUCCAGCAGCCGUCGCUCGAUCCAGCCAUCGCAUUAUACUGCCUUACGAGAGUGAAGGCAAAAGUUCUUCUCUGCUCGACAGCCCAGAGGGUCUCAGCUGCUGCCCUUCUCAUCAAUGCCACCCACUCCCUGGAUCCAUGGAUGAAGGCGACUCUUGGAUCAGCCCAGGCGGCGUCCCUCGGAGUUGUCUGGCAGCGAAUCGCCAUGGCCGACAGUGGCAUCGAGCGGUUCUAUCCCGGCACUGUGUGGAUGGAGCAGAACCUCCCGGGGUACGAACGCUUCGACCCCCGCAUGCAGAGCUGGUUCCUAGCUGCUGCCUCUGCUCCUCGCAGCGUCGUGUUUGUCCUCGACACUGGGGGUUCCAUGGACGAGUUUGACCGUCAGUACGUCGGCAAGCAAGUGACUUUAUCCUUGCUGGGCUCGCUGGGGCCCGCAGACUCGGUUGCUCUCGUGCUAGCGACAAAGUCUGUCGCUAGGGUCUAUGGGUGUGGGAUGCAAGGAGGAUGCCAGCUGAGUAACGCGACGGGGCUCAAGAGCAGACUGUGCGCUGCCGACAACGUGACGGCUGGUUGGAUGCAGCUCGCAGCAAAGUCGUGGCUGCCCAACGGACUCGUCAACCUUGGGGACGCGAUUUCGUCUGCUCUCGAUGUCUUUGAGAACGAGGCAGCAGCUGUUUCCUCGAGCAAGCAAGCGCGGAAGGAGGUGGUGUUGGUUACCAACGGCUACUCCCCGUCUCCUCCCGCCUCAGUCUCUGACCGUCUGCUCCAGCUCGGUGUCUCCCUCCACGUGGUCACGUUGGGCGCUGAUUCCUCCAUGUACGAGAAGACCUGGAUGACCGGGAUGGCCUGCACGGCAGGAGCAGCGGGCUCCUUCACUCGCAUCCCCUACAGGUUCGCAUGGCAGCAGCAGGCUGGGGAGCGGUUCGCCGUCAGCAGCAGGAAGUUCCAGAGCUCAGACUCCACCGUCGCUGUGAGUCAAGUACAACUCGGGGGGCCGCACAAUCAGCCGCUACUCACCUUCUCCGCUCCCAUCUUCUCCUCCCUCCUCAAUUUCGGUAGCUCGUCCCCGGAGGAUCAGAAGCUUGUCGCCGUCGCCGCGGUCAGUGUCUCCCCCCAGCUCGCCUUUACGGGAGCGCAGACAAGCCUCGCUAGCAAUCCCAGUGUGAAGCCUCUGGUUGAGACGAAUAAGGUCGUCCAGCUGUUGGUGGUGGAUGCAGGAGGGAGGUUGUUGUUCUCUCCGAGCCUGUCACCUUCCUCCACAGGCUUCAAGUUUGCGGUUGAUGUGGAGGGCGAGCAGUUCACUCAGCUCCUUGCGGCUGCUGCGGCUGCUGAAACUUACGGUCCAGUACUUCUCCAGCAGAGGCUGCUGAACACCUCUCAGCAGACCUCCAGCUCAUGGCAACUUGGACCAUCGGUCGCUCGUGCCUUUCUCUUCGCUCAAGGGGACUCGAUCGUUGCCCAUCUCAACCUCUCCUUCGUGCUCGCCGUCGGCAGCUUCGGCUGGUCCGUCGAGGAGACGCCUGCUGGGCUCGUGGUCAGUCGGUACACCUCGGGCUUCCCAGUUACAAACCUGCAGCAGCUGGGAUCAAAGGAACUUGUCACCUUCUACUAUCAGCUCCAGACAGACCCUUCCUCCUUGAAUGCGGUGGACGGCUCGACCGUUGAAAACAUCUUCCCAGCAGGGAAGCAGCUGACCUUACAGACGAGUGUGUUCGCCUUCUCCAGCAUCAGCCUAGUGGAUGGGGCCCAACUCGGGUCCUUCACCUUCACUUCUUCCUCCGUCCUCAGCCUGCAGAACUGGCUGCUCUCCGUCACACUCACGGCCAGCGGCCAGGUGACCCCCACCCCUCCUGCUGGCCUUCCAGCUGGAGGCUUCGAGAAGCGAGCGGUGCGGGACGUCCUGGCGACGUCGCUGCUCAACGAGGCAUGGAAGGAGUCGUGGGGCCGACGCGCUGCCCUUGCUGGGACGCUGCUGGGCACUUGGCGCUUCCUCCAGGUCGGCAUGGCCAGCGGAGUGGUUCGGACGUACCCCGGGAGGUUCUUUCCGGCACCCCCAGCUGUCACCCAGGAGGUCUGGUACGUGCGGGGGGUGGAAGGGGCUUGUGACUCUACUGUGAUCGUCUCGGGCCCGCAAACAGACACAGUGGACGGCUCCACCAUCGUCAGCAUCUCAACAGCCCUGCUGGAGGUCAGGCCGGGCGAGGCUGCGUCGGGGGUGUGCAGGAGCAGGCAGAUCGCCGGGGUGGCGGGGGCACAGCUCCUCUUCGUCUCCUUCACUCAGGCAACGCUGGGGAGCUGGAGCGAGUGCGCAUACAAGCAGGGGGCCUCCUGGUGCCUCCUCCUCGACUCUCAGCUGUCUGUGGUGGCUGCCAGCCCGGGCAAGCCGAGCAUCGCCGCCUUCUCCUCCGGCCUCUUCCUUGGGGAAGUCGAGCCCGCUCUCCUCAGGGCCCUCGACUCCCUCGGCCUCCUGCAGACCCCAGCUGUCCUCCAGCAAGGUGGGUCUCCUGUAGUCUCCCGCGCGGUGGUGCUGGUGCUAAAGAGCAGCUGGGUUGAGGUGGAGGCUGAGGGAGUGGAUGGCGCGACCUGCCUGUCUCAGGUCAAGUUCGUCCUCGCUGUGGUCCCGGGGUCCAACCUCUUCCUCGUACACGCCGACGCCUCGGCAGCCUCAGCCUCCUCCUGUCGCAACGCAUCGCUCGUCUCGAGGAGCUCGUUCCUUGCGGACAAGGCGGCCAUGCUGCGUGCCGGAGCGCAGGAGGCGCGGCGCUGUGGGAGUGUGCGGUACGGAGGAUGCAGCAGCUGCUUCCUUGCAGCUGGGACGGACUCAACGGUCUCGGCCAAGGGAGGUGACGUGCUGUGGUCCGACACCAGUUUAUGGGAGAGGCAGGCAGGAGGAGCGUGGCGGACAAGGUUGCGGGUGGUGGAGAAGGUGGUGGGGAUGGUGCUGAGCUGACAUUAACAUGUACUUUAGAGAAUCUACAUAAUGACAGAAGUUCGGUG